AUGAAGAAAUUUCUUUUAGAGCCUCCGUAUGAUGUUGUGCCAUAUUUUAAAACGGAGCCAGGCCUACCGCAGAUUCACCUGGAAGGCAACCGCCUUGUUCUCACUUGCCUUGCUGAAGGGAGCUGGCCUUUGGAGUUCAAGUGGAUGCACAAUGACCGUGAGCUCACCACCUACACCAGCGAAUAUAAGUAUAUUAUCCCGUCUUUACAGAGACUGGAUGCUGGGUUUUACCGCUGUGUGGUGCGAAACCGGAUGGGAGCUCUCUUGCAGAGAAGAUCAGAAGUUCACGUCGCAUAUAUGGGAAAUUUCAUGGAUACAGACCAGAGGAAAAUGGUGUCUCAAGGACAUGCAGCAGUCCUCAACUUACUGCCCAUCACCAGCUGCCCGAGGCCACAAGUGACUUGGUUCAGAGAAGGGCACAAGAUCAUUCCCAGCAACAGAAUAGCCAUCACGCUGGAAAAUCAACUGGUGAUCCUUGCCGCGACCGCGGGUGACGCCGGGGCUUACUACGCGCAGGCCGUCAACGAGCGGAACGGAGAGAACAAGACCAGCCCGCUCAUUCACUUGAGCAUAGCAAGAGAUGUCGGCACCCCCGAAACCAUGCCGCCCGUCAUUGUGAUUCCUCCGGGCAACAGAAGUGUGGUGGCUGGGUCCAGUGAGAUCACCUUGGAGUGCAUCGCCAAUGCCAGGCCUGUCGAAGAGCUGCGUGUGAACUGGAAGAGGAACGGGGUGAGGAUCGCCGGAGGGCUGCACAGCUUUGGGAGGCGCCUCACCAUCGGCAGCCCGACGUCCGCAGACACCGGGGUGUACAUCUGUGAGGCGACGCUGAGAGGGAGUGCUUUCGACGCAGCCACCGCGAAAGCCUUUCUGUCUAUCACAGAGCCACCAUAUUUUACUGCUGAGCCCGAGAGUCGGAUCUUAGCGGAAGUGGACGAUACCGUGGACAUCAUGUGUCGAGCCAUGGGUGAGUGUGGGGAGGCUGCUCCUCAGGCCGCCGUGAGUGAACUGCCUCACUCACCUCAGAACCUGCUGGCCAGCCUGAACUCUUCCCACAGCCACGCCGUAAUGCUGUCUUGGGUUCGGCCCUUUGAUGGAAACAGCCCGGUGCUUUAUUACAUCGUGGAGCUGUCUGAGAACAACUCUCCAUGGAAAGUACAUCUGUCAAACGUCGGCCCCGAGAUGACAGGCGUCACCGUGCGUGGCCUGACUCCAGCUCGCACCUAUCAAUUCAGGGUGUGUGCCGUGAAUCAAGUGGGCAAGGGCCAGUACAGCGCAGAGACAAGCAGGUUGAUGUUACCUGAAGAGCCGCCCAGUGCUCCGCCAAAGAAUAUCGUGGCCAGUGGGCGUACCAAUCAGUCCAUCAUGGUCCAGUGGCAGCCACCCCCAGAAACAGAGCACAAUGGGGUGCUGCGUGGGUACAUCCUCAGGUACCGCCUGGCAGGCUUGCCGGGAGAACACCAGCAGCGCAACAUCACCAGCCCGGAGGUCACCUACUGCCUGGUGACAGAGCUGAUCAUCUGGACGCAGUACGAGAUCCAGGUGGCAGCCUACAACGGGGCAGGCCUGGGCGUCUUCAGCAGGGCCGUGACCGAAUACACCCUCCAAGGAGGAUUGCUAGAACCAGGAGCUGUAGGACAUCUGAGUUUCACGGAGAUUCUGGACACAUCCCUCAAGGUCAGCUGGCAGGAGCCUCUGGAGAAGAAUGGUAUCAUUACAGGCUACCAGGUUUCCUGGGAGGUGUACGGUCGGAACAGCUCCCGGCUCACCCACACCCUCAGUAACACGACUCACGAGUACAAAAUCAGAGGAUUGUCGUCACUCACCACCUACACCAUUGAUGUGGCCGCUGUCACCGCCGCGGGGACUGGCCUGGCCACCUCGUCCACCAUUUCUUCUGGAGUGCCGCCAGAGCUCCCUGGCGCCCCGUCCAAUUUGGUCAUUUCCAACAUCAGCCCCCGCUCAGCCACACUCCAGUUCCGACCAGGUUACGAUGGGAAGACCUCCAUCUCCAGGUGGAUCGUCGAGGUUCCUUCAGCCGCCCCUGAAAACGUGUCCGCUGAGGCCGUCAGCUCCACCCAGAUCUUACUGACGUGGGCUUCCGUGCCUGAACAGGACCAGAACGGGCUCAUCCUGGGCUACAAGAUUCUGUUCCGGGCCAAAGACCUGGACCCUGAGCCCCGCAGUCACGUCGUGCGAGGGAACCACACGCAGUCGGCGCUCCUGGCCGGUCUCCGGAAGUUCGUGCUGUACGAGCUCCAGGUGCUGGCGUUCACCCGCAUCGGCAACGGAGUCCCCAGCUCUCCCCUCAUCCUGGAGCGGACCAAGGACGACGCCCCAGGCCCGCCAGUGAGGCUUGUGUUCCCGGAAGUGAGACUCACGUCCGUGAGGAUCGUGUGGCAGCCGCCGGAGGAGCCCAAUGGCAUCAUUCUGG